AUGGAUGAGGCAAGUGGUGGCGCUUUUGAGGCAAAGGGUCGGCCCCGCGUUCACUGGAGGCCAGGAGAGGAUGAAAGGCUCCGGCAGCUCGUGGAGCAAUACGGCCCUCAGAACUGGAAUGUCAUCGCAGAGAAACUCCAAGGUCGCUCAGGUAAGAGUUGCAGGUUCAGGUGGAUGAAUCACCUUGACCCUACGCUUAACAGGAAGCCGGAGGAGGAAGAAAGCCUUCUUAAUGCCGGCCUCUUUGGGAAGAGAAGGUCUCACAACUUCAUCAGCAGCAGCAAUGGGGACGUCACCAUGAGCAACUUCCUAACCAAGCCUUCCACAGACGAAGAAGGUGCUGAUACUUCAGGCCUCUGCAAGGAGAUCACCGGAACAUCCAUGGGGAGCUUUCUCACUUUGGGUACUGAGGAUUGCAGACAUGGAGUGACAACCAUGAAUGAACAGAGUAGCUAUGGGGAGAGUUCUGCUGGUCCGCAGAAGUUCAGUGAGGAACCAGAGGAUUCCUGCAUAAUGCAUAAGAAUGUUGGAUUCAUAGACUUUCUAGGUGUUGGGACUUAA